CUUACUUUCAGAUGGCGACAUGUACAGUAGCCCUAGUCCUGCUUAUUGCGAUACAACACGCGUCGUCUAUCGAAGUGUCGUAUACAUGCCAUGAAUCAGCAUCAGGGCUUUUUCGACUCGCACUUCGGUUGAACAGACAAGGCGAUACUCUCGUAACGGCUCUUCGGGCAUACACGACUGGUGCAAAUGAUGUUCCAGUUCCGGAUAACCCUGCAUGUGAGGCCACUUCUCAUGUCAAUGGCAUUUUUGAAGUAAGCACUGACAUUGUGUUGGCAGACACAACGUGCGGCUUCACAAAUACGGGUAGCGAGUACAUGUUUCUGUUUCGAGCCGAAGGGACUAUACAAUAUUACACAUUGAAAUGUGAUACGGAUUCUCUUAUAGCAAAUGGAGUGUCAUCCGCAGAGUUCCAGACCACGGCUGUGAAGUCUAACCUGCUCCAUCGAGCUAACCCCCUCGGGGUCAGCUUUCAGGUCGUUGAAGCAGAUGGAAGCUACGUGCCAACGAAUAAUGUUUACAUUGGCCAAGACAUUAAGCUUAGGCUAAUCCUUAACAAAGGCGCUGAAAGUUUUGGACCUGACAAUUGGGGAUAUAUUUUUCACACAGCAGUCUCAAAGGACUUUGAGGAAGAUGCAGAACUUCUGCUACAAAUAUUCACUCCAGGACUGGGCACAGAGGUCAAGGUCGAAGGGCAAUUGCCUACGUCGGAAUUUACCUGUUACGCAAAGGUGAAGAGGGAUGAUGCGGUUGAAAUAUCCAUACCGAAGGCCUAUGCCGAUGCGUCUAGUGCAACAUUAACCGAAUGGGUCACUUCAGGUGGCGGGAUCAAGGUGACUUCAUUUCAUGACCGCAUAGGUGUUAAGGUAUGCUAG